AAAUCCACACCUCUCUCUCUCUCUCUCUCUCUCUCUCUCUCUCUCUCUCUCUCUCUCUCUCUCUCUCUCUCUAGCUGAGCCAUGGAAGAGAUGAUCUUCAGGAAAGAAGCAUGCAUCCCAAACCCUAGCCCUUCGCCACUCGCCAUGCGCAAGCGCUCGCGCACCAUCUCCAAGGCGAACGGCAAGCCCAAGAUACGCAUCAUCCACAUCUUCGCGCCGGAGAUCAUAAAGACCGACGCGGAGAACUUCCGCGAGCUCGUCCAGCGGCUCACCGGGAAGCCCUCCGAGAGAGACGGCACAAAGGGCAAGGCGAGAAGGAUGGCCGAGAGGGUCGACCCGAGAAUGAUGAUGACGGAGAAGUACUCGCCGCCGAUCGCCACUGGAGUCAGCUGGGACGCACAGGAUCAAGAAGAGGAAGCGGAGGGUCGCAACGGCGAUUCGGGGUGCAGUGAGAGGAUGAAGAUGGAAGAGGAAAUGCGGAGAGCUGAGAGCUAUGGUGGUGGUGGUGAACUGUUUGGUCGUCCGUACGAGGAAUUGGGUAGCUAUGAAGAAGAGUUUCCUUUGUUAGCCGUGGAUCUUUCUCACAUGCACGCCUUUGAAGCUGCUCAACUUGCCUGACCAGUUUAAGUCGUAAUUUGCAGAAUUAAUCACGUAGUUUCUAGGUAUAUCCUCGAACUGAUCUUAAUGAUUCCCCUCUUCAGAAUUUUUGGUCUCCAGGAGCACGAGAAUUGUCUCUAUCGAUUUUCAUUAUUGCUUACUGUAAAUACAGCACUUCUGCCGCGGACCGUGUUUCUGUUUUCUCCUUCCCCCAUUUGGAACUUUUAUGCUGCUCAUGUCAUUUCGCGGAGAUAUUUGUGUAGUUUUAGAAUGAUUUGGUUUGCCUCAUCUUGAUGAAGAACUGGUUCUUGUCCCUUCUA